ACAAAAAACAAAAAUAGAGGAAAAUGGAAGCUUGCCUGGCAGUUGAAAAAGAAAUAGACAAAGUACUUUCAAAAUUUGGAGGAAUAAACGAUCAUGGCAAAAGAGUUUUAUCCGACUUGAUAGAUCAGGUACAAAGAUUGAAAGAGGAAUACGAAAGCACCGAUGGUGAACAUGCCUUGACAAAUAUCCAACUGGAUAUUCUCAAACAGACGAUGGGAAAGAUCAAGGAAACCGUCUCAAAAAUGGCCACAGAUCACAGAGAUCUCCACAGCACAGUUUCUAAAGUGGGAAAAGCGAUCGACCGGAAUUUUGUGGCAGAUUUUUCAGCCACUAGCCGCGAAGACACUUUCCACAGUGCAGAAAAACUGCAGCUGAUGAACCAAGUGAUCUGCCAGCAUUUUUGCAGACAGGGAAUGCAUGAUGUUGCAGAAGAACUAGCCAAAGAGUGUGACAUUGUAUCAGAGUCCCACGAAAAGGAACCUCUGAAUGAAAUAAAUCACAUCCUAGACAGAUUGAAAGUGAAAGAUCUGGAGCCUGCCCUGGCUUGGGCUGUGGUGCACAGGGAAAGUUUGGAAGGACAGAAUUCUACAUUAGAGUUCAAGUUGCAUAGGCUGCGGUUCAUUGAGCUGCUCAAAAAUGGACCAGCUUUUCAGACAGAAGCAAUAUCCUAUGCUAGGACUCAUUUCAGGAAAUAUGUGCACAGGCAUGAAAAAGACAUCCAGACCCUGAUGGGCAUGCUGCUGUACAUCCCUAAUGGCAUCAGCCCUUCGCCCUACACCACUCUGCUCGACUCCGAGAUGUGGAUCGAGAUCUACGAGAUCUUCAUCCGGGAGUCGUGCCAACUGCUCGGCGUGUGCAUCAACAGUCCGCUGGCCACGUGCAUAAAUGCCGGCUGCACCGCCAUACCCGCCCUGCUGAAUAUCAAGCAAGUGAUGAUGCAGCGGCAGGUGACCGGCAUAUGGAACGGCAAAGAAGAGUUGCCGAUAGAAAUCGACUUGGGCACCGAAGCUAGGUACCAUUCGGUGUUCGCCUGUCCCAUCCUGAGACAGCAAUCGACCAAGUUCAAUCCGCCGAUGAGACUGACGUGUGGACACGUCAUCUCCAGAGAUGCCCUCAACAAACUGUGUAGCGGGAAUAAGUUGAAAUGUCCAUAUUGUCCUAUGGAACAGACCCCCUCGGAGGCAAGACUAAUUUAUUUUUAAUCCUCGCAAGCCCUCGAGGCUGACAUCGUAUUUAAUCAGUUAAAUAUUUAUACUUAUUAUUUUGUUAUAUUGAUUACGAAUAGUUGCGGCUGCUAGGGUAGUUGCUGAUGGUCAUUCUUUGUUGUGAUUUUUAUUUUCGUCUAGAGAAAAUAUAUUGAAACUUUUUUACAUGUUUGUGC